CCGCUUUGAUAGGGUACUUGGAGGCGAAGGAAACGCCCGAGGAAUCUCGACUGGUUUUAAAUAAAUAUACGGAAAGUAUAGAGUCCCGGUACGGUGGUCUCGCCAUUCCUUUCCCCUCCCCUGCCUUGUAGUUCCCUUCUCCCUAUUUCGGCCAAUAACCAUUAGAAGAUGACUGUCCAGUCGGUUUUCCGAUCCCUGCGAGAGGUUUUCCCGCAAGUUGAUCUUCGUAUAUUAAAGGCUGUUGCCAUAGAACAUCCUGAGGAUGUUGAUGCUGCAGUUGAAUUUAUUCUUUCAGAUGUUUUACCAAAUGAAAUGGAAGGUUUACGUGCUGAAGUUGGGCUGGGCAAGCAGGCUGUUCCAGUGGGACAUGAAGAAGUUGAUGAAGUCAAUAUGACUCUGCUUACAGAAGGAGAUUUAGCAAGACGUGGAAGAGCUUCUGAUCAUGAUACAGAUUCUGCUGUUGUCAAUUCAUCUGGUAUGGUGGAAGCAGUUGAUGAAGCUUCACAAGUUGGAUAUGCAGGUGAUCCAAAGGAACCGAGUUUUUUCAUGCCUUGUGCUGAAUGCUUUGAAGCAAACAUUUAUCCAAGUCCCCAUCUGUUACCAAAUUUAGUGGAUAAUAGAACUGGUUUCACUUCUGAUGUGAAGAAUGAUGCUCCUCAUCUUGACGGCUUCCAGUGUAAAACAAUGGUUGAUGCUGACCUUUCUGAUGCCCAUAGUGAAAAUAACUCCGACAAAUUAACCUCCAAUGCCAAACUUGAACAGGAUUCUUUGGGUGAACACCUUCAGUCUUGCAUGAAAGUAGCAGAAAAUGCGAAUGAUGCUCUGCAUCUUGGUGAAGAUUUGUACGAGUUGAAUGCUAAAAAAUCCAUUGAAGCUGUUAUUUCCGAUGUUAAGAAUCCUUCAUCAGCAAAUGUUGAAAAGAAUCCAGAUCAAUUGGAGUAUGGAGCUGCUUUAGAAGUUGAUAUUAACCAUUAUGCAAGUGAAUCUGAAGUGCAACAAUCCCAAUUUUCAGUUGAACCUGCUACGAGUCAGGCUUUAUAUGGGUUAGUAGCUAAUGAUACUGCUGCAUCUACUUUUAUCUCUGGUGAAGAUACCUUGCAGAUGGUUUGUGAGAAAAGCUCUGAUUUUAUGGACACUGGUGCUGGAAUACAGAAGGAUAUUGAUGGUACUAGUAGCGAAGAUGAAGAACAGCAGUCGAAGUGUUUAUCCAAGGGUGGUACUGAUUUGUUAUCUAUCGAGAGUGAGCUGCCUUCUGUUGAUGUACCAUUCACAUUAGCUACUCGGUCAGGCCAUCUUAUUAGCAUUGAGUUUCUGGAAGAAUUUAUUACUGAUGCCAAAAACAAUAAGAAAAACUUGUUGUCUGCCAAGGAAUUGGUGACUAAUUUGAUGAAAGAGGUAGAGCAACUUGAGGAGAGGGCCAAACAGACCAAGGAGGAGGCCUUGACUGCUGGUCAAGAUAUUCUUCUCCAGGUGGAUGAACUCAAGCAGAUGUUGAAGCAUGCAAAGGAAGCAAAUGACAUGCACACAGGAGAGGUUUAUGGUGAAAAGGCUAUUUUAGCAACUGAAGCUCGGGAGCUUCAAUCUCGACUUCUCAAUUUGUCAGAUGAACGGAAUAAAUCUCUUUCAGUCAUUGAGGAGAUCCGCCAAGCUCUUGAAGCACGAAGAUCUGCUGCAGAGGAAAAAAUGGCAGCAGCUGAGCAGGAAAAGCUUGAAAAAGAAGAAUUGGCUCGAAAGGCUCUUCAUGAACAAGAACUCAUCAGGGAUACAAUAGCAGAAGAGUCAAAAAAACUGCAACAAGAGGCAGAGGAGAACUCCAAGUUGAGGGAGUUCUUGAUGGACCGUGGUCACAUUGUUGAUGCAUUGCAAGGUGAAAUAGCUGUUAUCUGUGAGGAUGUGAUGUUGCUCAAAGCAAGAGUUGAUGGCCGCAUACCUCCUAGUAAAUCACAAAGAUCACCAACUUCCAGCUUGGCAUCGUCAUCCAGUUCGUCAUGCCAUGAGAGUGUACAUUCAUCAGAUAGGGUCCUCAGUCAUGUGGAAUUAGAUGACCAAGAUUCCUCAAAGGGGCAGCAGCAAGAAAGUAGCAAUAAUAAUGAUGCGGAGAUCUGUGUUGGUCGCAAGAUCUCUGUGCCUGCAGAUGAUGAUUGGGCAUUUUUCGAAUUUGAGGGUUAGACGUACAGCUGAACCCUUAGCAAGGAUGCCAGAGACAGCUAAGACUUGAUGAAGUUUUCCUCCAGUUUUCAUGGCAUUUACUCGGUUUCUCUGGAAAAUGAAGUGUUGGAACAUCAGCUCAGAGUAUUUUAUAUAAAUAAUUGAUUGUAAAUAUAUUGUCGCAUAUAGAUUUCUAUCUUUAUUUCAAAUCUGAUUACUAGUUAAAUUGAAGUUAAUGCAGAGCAGGAGUUAAAUGUAAGGUCUACCGAAUUAGGCCC